AUGCUCAAACUGUCACAGACAAAGAACCUCAACCUUAUCGUGACAGUCCCAAUCAUAGGGGCGAUCAUCGCAAGUGUCUCUGCGCCACCAAUGCAGAAAGCUAUAGGACGAAAGAAGACGCUUCUAUGGGCACAAUUUUGUGUUUGCCUACCAAGUGCUCUACUUCAGUUAUUUGCGCCAAAUAUAGGAGCACUGGUUGCUGGUCGCCUGCUCCACUAUGUUGGACUGGGCUUCAUAUCCAACACCGGACCAUUAUACCUAUCGGAAAUAGCGCCUGCCCAUGUCCGUGGUCGCAUUGUGGGCAUCUGUUCUCUGAUGUUCAUGGCAGCUGGGAUUCUGGGCAGUACAGUCGUUUGGAUCUGUGAGAAGCUCGACACGGAUCUCGAGUUUCAAAUCCCUCUUGGGGUCCAGGCUUGUCUCAAUGCAUUUUUUGGCCUGUUGUCGUUCUUCCUUCUCGAAUCGCCACAAUGGCACGCCUUACGAGCCGAGUACGAUAUCGCCGAGUUCAUCCUGUACCAAAUUCGCGGCACGAAUACGCGUCUCGCCGUCGCAGAGGUUGAUGACUACCGCAGAGCGUUUACAAAAGUGGCAGCUAGCCCUUCCUCUGGGGGAUUCUUUGAAAUCCUCUCACGCACCAACAUCAAACGGACACUAAUUAGUGGGGCUUUCAUGAAUUUCGAACAAGUCUCGGGACUAAUUAUGGUUGGAACAUUCGCAACGGUGAUCUUAACCCAGGCUGGGGUGGGCGAUGCCUUCAAAGUUAAUAUCUUCAUCAAUUGUCUUAUGUUUGUUGGCCAAAUCGUCGGACCAUAUCUUGUCGAUACCCUGGGACGGCGUCCGGUGGCAUUGAUAUUCCUCCCUAUUAUUGCAGGUCUCAAUAUCACGGCCGCCAGCCUAGCUGUGGCCGGUUUGGAAAAGGGAUCCGGCCGCUCAAGGGCUAUAGCCGGGGUUUUCUUGUGCCUUGGUUUCUUCGUCACAAUUGGCUAUGGAUCGUUGAGUUGGUUGAUUCAAACCGAGGUUGCUGUGCUUCACCUAAGGGAGAAAUCCGUUGGGUGGAGUCAGUUCUGGUCUUACAUCACUGCGAUCGUGAUUAGUUUUGCAGUGCCUCGACUGGCCAACGCUGACGCAUUGAAUCUCGGGGCGCGAGUCGCGUAUAUCUUCGCAGGCACAAACCUUGUGGCGUUGGUAUUCACUUACUUCUUUCUCCCUGAGACGAAGGGCAAAACCUUUCUAGACAUUCAAGCCAUGUACGACACUGACAAGGGCGGUGGACAUGGCCCGACAAUGCCAGACUUGGCCGCGAGUACGUCGGCUUCACAGUAUAGUGAUACUGCGAAGAGAUGA